AAAGUUAGCCGAGCCGAGGAGGUGACAGGCAUCUUGGCACUCCAAACGCUGCUGUCUUCUCACCAACUCCUGAAUUGGAGAAGCGCCAGGAUGUCUCAGCGGCUGCCCACCCUGCUGCUUCUCCUCCUCUCAGUCCACGGCGCCCUGGCCCUGAAGAUCUGCUCCUUCAACGUGAGGUCCUUCGGGGAAACCAAGAAAGAAAACAACAAUGCCAUGGACGUCAUUGUAAAGGUCAUCAAACGCUGUGACAUCAUACUCCUGAUGGAAAUCAAGGACAGUAACAACAUGAUCUGCCCCACUCUGAUGAAGCAGCUGAAUGGAAAUUCAAGGAGAGGCAUAAAAUACAACUACGUGAUCAGCUCUCGGCUGGGAAGAAACACAUACAAAGAGCAAUAUGCCUUUCUCUAUAGGGAAAAGCUGGUGUCUGUGAAGAAAAGCUACCUCUACCAUGACAAUCAGAAUGGAAAUGAAGACGUGUUUUCCAGGGAGCCCUUUGUGAUCUGGUUUCAGUCGCCCCACACUGCUGUCAAGGACUUCGUGAUUGUCCCCCUGCACACCACUCCCGAGACAUCCGUUAAGGAGAUCGAUGAGCUGGCUGAUGUCUACAUGGAUGUGAAAAAACUCUGGAACGCUCAGAAUUUCAUUUUCAUGGGCGACUUCAAUGCCGGCUGCACCUAUGUCCCCAAGAAGGCCUGGAAGAACAUCCGCCUGAGGACUGACCCCGGGUUUGUUUGGCUGAUUGGGGACCAAGACGACACCACAGUCAAGGGGAGCACCAACUGUGCAUAUGACAGGAUCGUUCUCAGAGGACAAGAGAUCAUCAACUCUGUUGUUCCCAAUUCAAACAGCAUCUUCAACUUCCAGAAAGCUUAUGGGUUGGCUGAAGAGGAGGCCCUGGAUGUCAGCGACCACUUUCCGGUUGAAUUUAAACUACAGUCUUCAAGUGCGGUAACCAAUAGCAAAAAAUCAGUGUCUCCAAAAAAGAAAAAAAAGGCCAAAAGCUCCUAGAUACAACAGCACCAUUUUACUACCCAUUUCCUGCCUCUGAAUAAACAGCUUUAACAAAUA